CUUUGCGCAGUUUCUUUGUAUGAUGACGGCACCACCGUGUGGGCACGGGAUGAUGACGCAAAAGGGCACUUGAAGAAACAGUUGUUUGGUCCCCUACACCCUUUAAACAUUCGAAGCUCUCACUCCGGAGGGUAAACCCUUUGAAGGGAUUAGGGCAUAGGCAUGAGCCUUUCCGAAUGGAACGCAGAGUAGGCCUCUAAUUUCAUUUCCCUUUUGCGUUGCAACUCUACCUAACGUUACCUUGUAGGCGUUCUUCAUGCGUCGUUGGAGCUGACGUUUCAACCAAUAGUCUACCUCAGUUUCAGUGACGUAUGUCUCUACUGUACACGUGUCUCCCAGCUGACCAAUCGUGGUUAGUUUUCAACUGAUAGUUUUGUCUUUGCCUUGGUAUCGGUCUCUCUCACCGCGAAGAUGACCACGGUGGGCUAGCCUGAUAGUAGCGACGAUACAUUCAUGUGUAUAAAUUAGCGGUUUUAUUAGCUUAAUUUGCAAAGUAUUAUAACAACAACAGCCGUGUUAGCCAGCCCUUAAGAUGCCUCUUCGGGCCGGCGAGCGGCGUGGCGGUGGCAGGUCCUUAUGCUUCCUCGUUCUACUGAACGUCUGGUUGUUUUCAGCCGGAGUUACAGCAACUCAAGAAGAGAAUCGAGUCAUUCACGAGGUGAAGCCAGCGGAGAAGGCAACCACCGGUCAUGCACCCGGCCCGGCAGUGAGUGUCGAUGAACUCAAUAAGGGAAACCUGGGCUUUAUUCAUGCCUUUGUGGCAGCCCUCUCAGUCAUCAUUGUCUCUGAACUGGGAGACAAGACGUUCUUCAUCGCAGCCAUCAUGGCGAUGCGCUACAAUCGCCUCACUGUUUUGACAGGCGCCAUGUUGGCUCUGGGACUCAUGACGUGUCUGUCAGUUCUGUUUGGUUAUGCCACCACCAUUAUCCCACGGAUCUACACCUACUACAUAUCGACAGCACUGUUUGCCAUAUUUGGUGUGAGGAUGCUGAGGGAGGGACUGAAGAUGAGUCCUGAUGAAGGGCAAGAGGAGCUGGAGGAGGUCCAGGCUGAAAUAAAGAAAAAAGAUGAAGAGCGUCAGCGCUAUAAUCUAGCUAACGGCUCGCCUGAUGUGGAAGCUGGGAUGACGGCAGCCAUAUCAUCUCAGAGAAGGUGUCCAAGCGUGAUUUCACCGAUAUUCAUUCAGGCACUCACCCUCACCUUCCUCGCAGAGUGGGGCGACCGCUCUCAGCUUGCCACCAUUGUGCUGGCUGCAAGAGAGGAUCCAUUUGGAGUAGCAGUUGGGGGAACUUUGGGACACUGUCUGUGCACAGGCCUGGCUGUUAUCGGCGGAAGGAUGGUGGCUCAGAAGAUCUCCGUAAGAACUGUUACAAUCAUUGGUGGAAUCGUUUUCCUGGCCUUUGCGUUCUCCGCCCUCUUUAUCAAGCCCGAUUCUGGAUUCUGAUGGAAAACCAGACUCUUGGUUUCAUUUUGUAUUUAGAUAACCCAGAACAAGUGGAACAGAGAGACUGCACAAAGACCAGAUGGCUUGUUCAUAUGUUUGA